CAGGCAGUGUUUAAUUGCAGAGUGUAAAGGCUUGAGCUGGGCUAAUGAGCUCAGCACCGGAGCCGGGAUUCUACCAAACACGCGCUCUCAAACACAUAUGCGUAUGGAAUCGCCGUCUUUUCCCGGAGAAGCCUCCUAAGGCAGCUGGAAACCAGGUGGAGAGGAGAGAAGGAUUCAGGUAUAGCCGACUGUAUGAGAGAAUAUACCAGAGGCAAGAGACGGAGUAAGAGGUGGAGAAACAGAGAAAGGAGAACAGGAGGGGAGGGGAGGAAAUGAGAAAUACACAGCCAAGUGUAGAAGAAAAAGAGAGAGCGAGAGAGAGAGAGAGAGAGAGAGAGAGGCUGGAAGCCUGCAGCAAAUGAGACAAAACAACUAGGCGGGAGAAGUAGAAAGAGAGAGGGACUGAGAGAAAGAGGGAGGUGGAGAGGGGCCCCGUGUAGGAGAGAGGGCUAUAGGGUGAGGAAGAAGAAGGAGUCAGAAAAAGUACGGGCAAGUAGGGCAAAGGGGGUUCAGGAAAAGAAAGGACGGGCGCAAAGGUUAAUAACUUCAGGAGAGGAGACGGGAAACAACAGACAGGAAGGAAGGGGAGGGAGAAGUCUUGGGAGCAAGAAAAGGGAGCUGAAGAAAAGUUUUAGUGGGAAGACACAGAUGAGGAAAACAGAGCGAGUGAAUGACUGGGUUGAGGAGAACGGGGACGGGAGGAAACCAGUUGUUUUCUAAGGCUUUUUUCACACCAGCCUCUGGACUGCUUUGGACAUGUACACAGAAGGCACAAAAACAACGGAACACCACCAAUUUCUUCAACAUAACACCCCCUGCCGGUGCCCGCUCUGCGUCCGCUAUGAGCUGUCGUACCCUUGUCGUGACGGGAUGGGAUACCGACCAGCCUCAACACAUAUGAACCACUCAUUCCUAGACUGUCGGAGAGACAUCCAGGCUCCUCGGGUUAAAGACGUAAGACGGAGAGGUUUCAUAGUGGGAAGAGUUGAGAGAAGCGGUCAUCGCAGCCCACAGAGGAGGCCUGUGUUUGCAGGGCCAGGCCCUUGCAGCCAGUCAGACAACUUGAGCCAAAUCCACCCCUGGGAGUUGAACCCUGCCCAGUGGAGCUACCCGCCGGAGCCUGGGGUGAGACACUACCCGUCUGUCAGAGAACACUGCGGUUGUGUGGUGCAGCGUGACGCUAGGGCACACCCCUUUAUCAGCGGAUUACAACCACUCCCACAUCUUCAGGUCAAAGGUCGAGACCGCAGACACAAGCGGACUGUCAGAUAUGUCUCCGUGGAAGAAGAAGAGGAGGGCUGCGCAUGCUCCUCCGAAAACUGUCAUAUGGAGCCAUGCAGCCCCCAUCACUUAUCAAAUGGCCACUGUGGACCGAGGCCUGAGGUCUCUGAGGGAGGAGAGGAAAGAGAUAACCAUCGUGAUGGAAGCAGAUUGAAGGGUGGAUCAGAAGAAGGCAGUAAUGGUAGCGAUGCCUCUCACAAAGUUUUCUUCUCCACUGAAGUUCCACAAAAACACUUGAAUCAGAGCCGACAGAAGAGGCCCUGUGUCCCCGAGGCCGCCAACUCCACUGUAGAGCCCUUGAUAUCAAACUACCAGACAUGCAACAACCACCAGCGCCAGGGUUCGGAAGUGGUGACGCACAAGAGAGGACACGAUUUUGUGCGAGAGCAAAUCAGACAAGUAGUGACAGAUCUGGAAGACGUGCUUGGGGGUUUGAAGCAAGUUCAUGUGGAGAUGAAAGAGGUGGUCGAGCAGAUUGAUCGCCUCACGGCUAACAUUGACCUCAGCGAGGGGGGUUUGUCUAUCGCUGAAUUGGGAUCUGAUAACUCUCAUGGCUCAGUGUACCCCGGAGAUCUCAGGUUGGCUAAACACAAAUCUGUUCGAGUGCAGGUGUCAGAGCACAGAGACGAAGAACGCAUCAUCCUAAGAACGGACUCUCCUUCCCCCGUCCACAUGGCAUCGGUUGUCAAAACUAGUCGAAUUGCCACAUCCAGCUCCAAUAAGGACGUCAAUCAUGACCGGCAUGAUUCAAAUGGCUACUCGCCUCACCUGUACCCUCACAAGGACUCCAACCACAUCAGCCAAAGCCAUCCGCCUCAGAGCUUAAACCCCAAGGUUAUCAUUGGGAGCAGCACCUCAAGUUCAAAAACUCACAAGCCUCCGCCGUACCCGCAAAAUGGGCGGUGUGGGAAGGGCCAGUACACACCUCCCCAGCCCGUGAGGAACCCUUCCUGUUGUCGGAGAGGCCAACAGAGCACCAGCAUGGUGUGACGGAGGGGGUGGUCUGCCUGAGUGCCCGAGGGGCCUGAAACAUGAGACCCUGCAGUGGUGAGUGGAGGUCAGAGUGGGACCAGGCAGGGGAACAACUUAUGCAGGAGCUGAUGCCACAUAAACAAGUUGGUGGAAAUGGCAUGGCCUGAAGGUGGAGAUAUUUCCAAGGGGAAGCUCACCAAGAGUCAACCAGUUAAUGUCACGCAACAAAACCACCCAGGGAGGAUCUGCACAGAAGCAAUGAACAGCUCUGAGAAUUGACACUUUUGUCACUGGUGGCGGGUACUGUGAACUAUUGUCCAACAACCACCAAUGCAAUAUAUAUAUAAAGCAUCUUUUCAUGAAUGUGUGAAUUUAUUUAUUUUUUAUUUAAUUUUUAAAAUCAGAAUACAGCAGUUAUUUUUAACCUUCUAGUGCCAGUCAGAAUAUCUAAUCUAAUAUGUGGUAUAUACUGAGAUGUUAUUUAAAAAUGUUAACCUGUUGUAACGAUAUGUUGCAAAUUCAAACAUUACAUUGAUUUUCUGCAUAGUAAAUCAGCCAGCAGGCAAUUAUGACAAAAUCUGUACUAUUACAGUGACUAAACAACACAUACAAUCCAAUGUCAGUAUACCAUGUGCCUUCACAAAAAUGUAUGUGUGGCAGCUAUAGGCUAUGUAGGGGCUAAUAAAAUACUACACAGGGGUCAAAAUGUUAAAAGGCUCCAAUUAUACUGAAUAUACCACAGUUUAUGUCUGAUUAUAAUGACUACAGAAAAGUAUACAGUAGUUUGGACUAAUCUACGACUAAAGGUUAUUGCAUUUUGGGCUAAAAAUGGAAAACGUGUUGACAAAAGCUGAUUUCAAUUUGUACAGGGCUCAAAAUUUUAAGAUACUCUAAUCAUGUUGAAAUGUAUAGUACAUCUGAUCCUAAUGAUUGCAAAAAGCUAUAGUUUGGAUUAGGAACCACCAAAACGUAAUGGUGUCAUUGGGCAAAACUGUAAAAUUGGUCUAUAAGGCCAAAAUUAAUUUCUGCAGGGGUCAAAAAUAAAGUUGCUGCAAAGUAAAAGGCAAACAAGGCCAACAUUCAAUGGAUUCUCCAACAUAUACAGUAACAUAUGACUUAUGUCUCUCAGGACUAAUGUUUACAUCUAUUUAUUUAGUUAUAUAUUGUUGUUGUUGUUUUUAUGAACAUGGGAGAGAUGCUGGUCUAAAUUUUGUUGUACCUGUGUAAUGACAAUCACGUCUUUUCUGUUCUAUUCUUUAUAUUACCACAUAACUUGAUAACAAAGUAUAAGAGAUGGGGUGAACAAUUACUUUGGUAAAUCCAGUUCUCUCAAUCAAUAAUUUGCAUCACUUUUUUUAAACCAGAAUUGGAGCGUCUUUAAUUUUUGACCCCUGUGCAACCUGAAACUGUCCUUUUUCACCACUUUUGAAGUUUUUAUUCCAUAACUCCAUACCCUUUGGUCAAAGAUGGUCCAAACUGUAUGUUUUUGGAAUCCUUAUCAUCAUACAAAUGUGUUAUACUUUUCAACAUGAUUGCAUUAUUUUUAAAUACUGACCUCUGUGCAAUCCUUUUUUGAGAACUCUGGGAGGGUUAUUGUAUGCAUUUGUGUAGACUGUUAUGCUAAGACUGGAUUGUUCAGUGUUGUUUGGACACUUUAGGUGGUAGUGAAAACCUGGUUGGCCCAUGGACUAACUCGAGGAGGCGGGGAUGAUGCAAAGGACGUUCCAAAUAAAUAAAAGCAAUGUAAUCGAUUCCUCUGCAUCACGGUCAGCAAAUUCUGCAGAUGUUGCACCCACAUCUGAAAUAAAAGAAAUGAUGCCAGCAUUUAAUUAGCUCCUGAAUCUGGGAAAUAAUUUAUGCAUUGUGUGUUCGAUGUGCAGCGAGCCUACAGAACAAAGUGUGUGUUUCAUUAAAGGGUUGGACGUUGUAAGAAUACUGCUGGGACCGAGGUUGAAAUGGCAGCGUGCGAUUUCUUGUGGCCUUAUUCUGUCAGGACACUGCUGCGUCUCAGGCCAGUCAGACCACGUCUGCGUCUCUGUUUGUUUAAAUCUCAUCAGACUUUCACCACAAUGCUCUCACAAAGUACUGAUACUAUCACAGCUACUUCCACUUUGUGCAUCCCUCUGCAGACUGCGUAAAGCGCUUCUACCUGCAACACCGGUGGAGUGUUGUGGUGACAAAUGGUGUGCUACAUGUGUAGUGUGAGUCCAAACUGUUAACACCCUAUCUCAGUCCGCAGCUUAUCGCAGCUAAAGGUGCUGAGUAAGAAAGGAGGAGGGAGCCAAUAAAGCACUGAAGUUAAUCAAAACGGGCAA